AUGAUGGUUCGGUUCACCGUGCUGUUCACAUUGGCAAGCUUGCUUCCCGCCUCGUUUGCUAAAAUCAAACCUGCGACCUGGCAUACGAAUGGCACGUACAUCAAUAACGCGACAACUGUUGCUGCGGACCCGUACGUUCGCUGGGACAAGAGGAGCGGGGCGUACUGGGCGUACAGCACCGAGGGAGCCGACGAGGGUUGGUACUACGGCAUUUACACGUCCCCGGACCUCGCGACUUGGACCAAGAUCCCUGGAGGCGCCAUCAAGAAUGAUUCUGCGAACAUCUGGGCGGAGGACUGGUGGUGGGCGCCUGAGGUCUACUAUAACGUGCGGCGUGGCGACUUACAGGAGAAGACCGGCUGGUAUUUCCUCUUUCAUGCCGGCCGCUUCCUCAAUGCCACCAAGGUCGCAGAGUACUUCAAGUACCCCGACUUUGAGGAGGCAUCCAAAAUUGGCGUCGCGGUCUCGCGCUCGCCCCAGGGCCCCUUCGUUGAGAUCGCGGACCGCCCGAUCGACUACUACCCCUUCGAUCCGGACUACGAUGACGUAAACCUGAUCAUGCGGCCCCCAUACCUCGUCCCGCCCUCGACGCAUGAAGAGGGUAAGUCAGCGCCGAAAGGCACGUACAUCCCGAGCAUCGAUCCGGAUGUGUUCUGGGACGACGACGGGAGUAUCUGGCUCUUCUUCUCACGGAACGCGUACCGCAACUGGGUCUGGAGCGACGAGUUUGGCAAGUAUAUCGAGGAGAGCAACAUCUACGCCGUGCGCUUGGAUAGCGCAUGGUGGAACGACCCGCAUGCGAAGACGCUUCCGUCCGUACACAGCAGCUUCAAGGACGUGCACAAGGGCGAGCCGAAGAAUUGGCAGACGUCGGUGAACUCUUCUUUCCCCGGUCCGACUCGUAAGGAUGGCUGGGUCGCGGUCAUCUCCUACGCGCUUCAGCCUCAGGCCUGGGAGAACGCGCACGUCAAUGAUCACGCUGCGAGUGGUGGCACGCUGAAGGACCGUCGCUGGUCCGAAGGCUCGACUACCAUCAAGCGCUACGACUCCAGCGGCAACCCAGUAUACUAUCUCACGUACUCCGCCAACAACUACGAAUCGCCCGACUACGGCGUUGGCUACGCCGUAGCAGACAAAGUCUCCGGUCCGUACUACAAGUCCGGCUCGAACCCCGUGCUCUCCCAGGACGCGUCCCGCUCGAUCUUCUCGACCGGCCACGGCUCCGUAGUCGCUUCGAGCGCGAACCCCGGCGAGCUCUACUACCCGCACCACGCGCGCCCCUCGCCUGACGACGACCGCUACCUCUACACUGCGCGCCUCUUCGUCGAGCCCGACUCGCUCUACCUCGGCUUCGGGCCCGACGCGGGCGACCUGCGCUUGCCCUCCGGCGUCGCCCCGUUGUCGAUCAAGACCGAGGGCGGGCAGAACGGCACGUACGAGGUCGUCGUGAGGAGCGCGUCCGGGGCCAAAUUCGACCUGUCGAACCCGAUCAACCGCGUUCGCGUCGAGGUCAGCGGCGGGGCGACCGCGCAGGUCAAUGGGGGCUUGGUCACCAUCGACGGCAACGCGACCGCGAAGUCGAAGGGCAGCUCUACGGUUCGCGUCGUGUACGAGCGCGCGCGCUCGAACGAGACUGCUCCUUGGCUUGCUGUUUCUCAAGCGCGUGGGAUCGAUGCGGGCGACGUCGUCGAUCUGAUCAUUGAUGUCUGA